AUGCGCGCCCUCGUCGUGACCAAGAAGGGCGUCUCCGUGCAGGACUUCCCCGUGCCCGCCAAGCUCGCCGACACCGACGUCCUCGUCAAGGUCUCCGCCGUCGCGCUCAACCCCACCGACUGGAAGAGUGCUGCUCUCGAGCGGGCGCGCCCGCCGGGCACCGUCGUAGGCUGCGACUUCGCUGGCACCGUCGUCUGCGCCGGCCCCGCCGUGCCCGCCUCGCGCGCGCUCGGCAUGCGCGUCGCCGGCUUCACGAUGGGCGGGACACACGCAGACGGCGGCGCGUUCGCCGAGUAUGCGUGCGCGAUCUCGGACGCGGAGGCGGCCGCGAUGGGCUGCGCGUUCUGGACGGCUGCGCUGGGCCUGUACGCGCGCGCGCACCUCGCGCUCGCGUACCCGCCCGCGCAGGCCGAGGGCGAGCAGUGGGUGUACGUGCACGGGGGCAGCUGUGACGGGCGUCGGCCUCUCCGCGUCCAGCUCGCCGCGCUCUCGGGGUACAGGGUCGUCGCGACCGCGUCCCCGCACAACCACGAGCUCGUGCGCGGCUUCGGCGCCGACGCCGUGUUCGACCACCGCGACCCGGACGUCAUCGCACUGGUCAAGGCCGCGGCGGGUGACGCGAUCGCGCUCGCGUACGACACGAUCGGCGACGCGCGCGCGCAGGCGACGUGCGUCGCGGUCGUGCGCCCCACUGGCGGCAAGGUGUUGCACAUCCUCCCUGUCGACUGCGAGGCUGCGGACCGCGCCGAGGUCGAGCAUGAUUACUUGCUGCUGUACACGGCGUUGGGGCGCGAUUGGACGUGGGGGGACAAGGCUUGGUCCGCUGUGCCGGAAGACCGCGAGGAGAUGGCCAGGUUCUUGGAAGUGCUCCCGGAGUUGGUGGGUGAGGGUGGGAUCAGACCGCUGCCCGUGAAGAUGUGGGAGGGCGGCUUGGACGCGAUCCCAGAUGGGCUGGACUACCUCAAGGAAGGAAAGGCAAGCGGGGAGAAGGUCGUGUUUCGGAUUUGA